AUGAACUACCUUCUUCUUCCACUUUACGCGACCAUCGCCGUAAUCAUCCCCGCCGCCUCAGCCUCGCGAUCCGCCCUCCGCGCCUCACGGGACUCGGUCCAGGGACGCAGCUUUCUGUGCCCCGUCGUCUGCGACAACACGUGGUGCUGCCUGACGGGCCAGACGUGCCAAGAGAGCAGCGACGACGACGCGCCGUACGAGUGCGCCGACCCGCUGUUCGAAACGACCGAGUCGGCCUUUGCGCUCGUUCCCCUGAGCAGGCAGAUCGAGUCGAUCAUUGCGGAGAACAGCCUCUUCCUCUCGAGCCUGACGGCGGAACUUUCGCUGACGUUGACGUUCACGCCCAUCACCACGCUGCCUGAUCCGUUCGAGCCGACCACGGUGUCUGCUAGACCGGUGAUCACUGAGUCUUCGAUCCCGCCUGUCACAACUACACGUCCGACGUCGACUUCGGCGACAAGCUCUUCGACGCAGGAUGACCAUGACGCUACGAGAACAGGCGAGACGAGUGUCAGGGCGAUAUCCACAACGUCUACUGCAAGCCGUGAGAUGUCGAUAUUGUCCGAAAUAACGACCACGGAAACUGAAUCAACUACAGGAACUAUCUCUCCGAGUGUAGAGAAUUCAUCAUCGUUGGUUGCCUCUACCGUCUCGGAACAGAGUGGCACGGUCACUUCUACCCGCACGGCCUCCAUCAGCACAGAGACAUCGGCGCUGUCCGGCCACGUGACGACGACCUCAAGUCAAGGUGCCGCGCCGACGGCGCCGUCACAGUGGCAGCACGGAAUGGCCGUCGUCGGGCUCGUGAUAGCUGCAGUACUCUAG